GGCAAGUUUGCUUUGAAGUGGGAGUUAGAAGUUAGAACACGAUUUUGAUGCAACCCACUGCUCCCCCAAACACAUGCACUAUAGUCACAUAACUUUCCAACUUAUGAAGGUUACAUUAAUGUUUCAUCACCUCUCUCUCUCUCUCUCUCUCUCUAUCUCUCUCUCAGCACUCCCAAUUCCCAUGGCCACUUUCGCGCUUCCUUCCGCUUCUCUCAUUGUCUCCCUCGUCGCUCUCUUGCUCCUUUCGUCAAACGAGUUGCACGCCUUCCAACGCAACGUUUCCUUCGAGACGGUAACCGUCGUCAACGUGUUCCCACAUGAUCCACAAGCCUUCACCGAGGGCCUUCUUUAUCAUGGAAAUGACACUUUAUUUGAGUCAACUGGUCUUUAUGGGGAGUCAUCUGUCCGUAAAGUUGCUCUUCAAACCGGGAAGAUACAAAUACAAUGUUUCCUUCACUGAAAUGAUGCCUAGUUUGAAUAUGAAACCUACUUUGAAUGAAGGAAAUUUACAUGGAUGGGAGGUUGAGAAUAUUCAGAAGAUGGAUAAUUUUUUAUUUGGGGAAGGUUUAACUCUCCUCAAUAAUAGGCUGUUUCAAGUAACUUGGUUGCAUAAAGAUGGUUUCAUAUAUGACCCAAACAAUUUAAGCGAAAUAGGGACAUUUAAUCAUGAUAUGAAAGAUGGUUGGGGUCUCGCAACUGAUGGAAAAGUCUUGUUUGGAAGUGAUGGCAGUUCAACAUUGUAUCAAAUUGAUCCUCAAACAUUUAAAGCUAUAUCAAAUCAAGUUGUCUACUAUAAGGGUCAUCAAGUAUACAAUCUCAACGAAUUGGAAUAUAUAAAUGGUGAAAUUUGGGCAAAUGUUUUACCGACUGACUGCAUUGUAAGAAUCUCUCCCAAUGAUGGCAGUGUUCUUGGCUGGAUUCUCCUCCAAAAUUUAAGGGAAGAACUUAUGGAAGCUGGGAUGAUUAGUGAUAAUAAUGUUUUGAAUGGGAUAGCAUGGGAUGGUGAGCAGAAGCGUAUUUUUGUGACUGGAAAACUGUGGCCAAAGUUGUAUGAAAUCAAGGUUUCACCUAUAAAGAAACCGAUUGAGGAAGGGAUUAUUGAGCAACUUUGCUUGCAUGGGCUUACCCAGCCCAAAGAAAAGGUGGUGAAUCUCGGCAGGAAAUUACGGGCUUAAGUAGACCCAAUGGGAGGUCGAGACACUUUAAUUGAAGGCAUCAAAAUGAAUAUUAAAAAAAUUGGCCCAUUAAAAGUAUUAAACAUUAAUUUUGUAAAAUGAAUGCAAUGAUAGAAUAUUAUUAAUAAUAUUUGCGGUUAUUGUCAAUUUUUUUUCAAA